AUAAGUUAGUGUGAGUGAAGCACGACAGACAGAAAUAUGCAGGCUUUAGUGAACGCCUUCAUGCGCUGCCUCUCCUUCCUCCUGCCUCCUUCUUGGCUUUGUGUCAGCUCUUGCCUGUGGGUUGGGAAUGACUGUGAAGACGCGCUGCAGCGGCCCAAUCCGAGAGCUCGUUUCAAAAGCAAAAAGCCUCUUACAUAUGAGGAAGUGAGGGUAGCAGCGGCAGCAGCAGAAGGAGGCUCCAGCCCCUCGCUCUCAUCAGGUCCAGGCUGCGUCUCGCUGGCCGCUAUAAGCCCCGCUACACUUCAGGGCCCUCCGGCGGCUCGGAUCUGGAUCGGGGCUCUCUGGCGAGCCGUGGAGCGCGUCCUUGGAGCCCCCUGGGUCUUUCUCCGCUAUCGCUGCUGUCCGAAGAAGCAUCGAUCGGCUUUGCGCAUUCCGCGUCCUGCCCGCGCCUUAGAGCCGACCCAGAUUAGAAGCUUCCAGGGAGCCGCUGCCACCCCGGACCGGGAGGGACCCGGCUGGAGCAACAUGAGCGGGGUCCCCGGCGCGAACCCGACGGAUGCACACGCGGACCAGAGCGUUGAUGAGAUCAUCACCGUGGACCAGCACUCCCAGGAGAUUGGGACGGUGACCAUCACGGUGGCGAUCCAGGCGGCGGAGGACGAGGAGCCUGAUGAGGAGCGAGCCGGGAAUGUGGAAUGCCUCCGAGGGAGCUGCAGCGAGGACGAGCUGGGAAGGCACGACAAAUCAAGUGGUGCAGGCACCAGUGGAGGGGAGUUGGAGGAGGAGAGCUGGCAGCCCCCAGAUACGGAGCUCAUCCAAAAGCUGGUCACUCAGAUCGAGUACUACCUGUCUGAUGAGAACCUGGAGCACGACGCCUUCCUGCUUAAACACGUCAGACGCAAUAAACUGGGGUUUGUUAGUGUCAAGCUGCUCACCUCGUUCAAAAAGGUUAAACACUUGACUCGUGACUGGAGAACAACUGCCUAUGCACUAAAACACUCCAAAAUCCUUGAGCUCAAUGACGAGGGGCGAAAGGUGCGCCGCAAAUCAGCUGUACCGGUCUUUGCCAGCGAAUCAUUGCCCAGCCGCAUGCUACUGCUGAGUGACUUGCAGAAGUGGCCCGAGCUGGCUGCUAUCACUAAGGAUAAUGGAAGCAAUGAGGGAGGAGCCACUCAGCAGGAGCAGCUGAUGAAGCUGCUGCUCAAAGCAUUUGGGACGUACGGAGCCAUUGCCUCAGUAAGAGUCUUAAAGCCAGGGAAGGACCUGCCGGCAGAUCUGAAAAGGCUGAGUGGGCGCUACGCUCAGCUAGGCAAUGAGGAGUGUGCGAUUGUGGAGUUUGAGGAAGUGGAGGCUGCUGUAAAAGCCAAUGAGGCUGUAGGGGGGGAGGAUGGAGGAACCAGUUCGCUGGGGUUGAAAGUGGUCUUGAUUGGAACAAAGCCACCAAAGAAAAAGGUACCCAAAGAGCGACCUCGGGAAGAGGGGGGGAUGCGAAAAAGUCGCUCUCUCAACAGCAGAGUCCGAGAGCUUCAGUACCAUGGCGAUGACUCUGCAUGCAGCUCAUCGGAGACGGAAAGCACCCCCACUUCACCCAGGCUGGCAAGAAAGUCCCAAUCCUGCAACAAGCUAAGCCCUACCACUGCUGGCAUCAGCUUCCAGAACAAUCAUCUGAGUCCUGGUAUAUCGCCUCGUAACAGCCCAUGGUCCAGCCCCCGAGCCAGCCCCUGUCCUCAGCGCAAAGCAUCCCACACCCACAAGUCUCCUUUGGCUAGCGAUGGUAGGCUAAGCCCUGAAGCUGGGCGCCGGUGGGCAGACUACUCCUCGGACAGUAGCCUGACCCCUUCAGGGAGCCCGUGGGUUCAGCGGCGCAAGCAGGUGGCGUCUCAAGAGAGCAGUCCGGUCGGCAGCCCCAUGCUGGGGCGAAAAAUCCAGAAUGCUGACGGGCUGCCGCCAGGUGUAAUGAGGCUGCCAAGGGGUCCUGAUGGAACCCGUGGCUUUCAUGGAGUCACUGUUGCUGAGAGGGGAAAGACUGCCGCCACGCAAACUUGAUAACACGACACAAGUUGAUGCUUUCCCAUCCAAAUCCCAGAAAAAAAAUCAAAAUUGUGAGGUUCCUGGCCUUGCUGCUCAGCUCCCCUCCUACAUUUGAGACUGUGUGUAGAUAUAUUUUUGUUGAGUGCAUCAGUUUUCAGUCUGUUAUAUUUUUAUACAACAUUUUGUGUUACCAUGGUAAUGUUAGAGGAUUACCAAUGGAAAAGAAAGUGAAUGUAAACUGAUUAUGGCUUUGAGAGAAAGACGGAUGCCAUUGAAAGGAACCUUGUUGCCCCUCAUUGCGACAUGGUCCCUUUGUGGCAUCUGUAAGGGACCACAAUGCCUCCAUUUCUCUCUAAACUUCUUCUCUUUGAGUUGAGCUAGAGAAAGAACACCUUUUGCUUUUUCAGCGUAAACUCUUGUCCAGUGUAAAAGUUUGCAACAUCGUCUGUUGGAUGACAUGUGGAUGUUGGAGUGGCAUAUGGGCACAUGGACCUGGAUAUCACCAUAUGCCUUUUCUGUAUUUGUCGAGCAUAAAUUCUGUUUUUCAAAAGCUGUUUGAAUUGAGGCCAUACCAGCUCCACUGCCAUAACCGGAUAAACAUCACGUUUUGGUUUGGUUCAGUUUUUAUUAUUUUUAUUUCAUUAUGUUCAACAUGCUUUUGGCGUUUUGUAGGGAUCUCCUCUAAGCCCUGCGCGUGUUUAGCAGGCAGCUGCUUUAUUUAUAUUAUUUUAGCUUUGUUUUUUUCCAGUCUAAGCCCAAAGUGGGGUUUUGAGGGAGAUUCGGGUCAGGAGGGAUUGAUGCUCUCAUGUGUUUGAGGGGGGGGGCGGGGAUUUGCCUUCACUUCAGAGCUGGGGUAUUUGUACACUAAAAUUCCUAUUGUACAAAUAAAUCACUGAAACUGCA